AUGAACCUCGGUCCUCAGAGUGUCAGCUUUCAACAUGCAGAUGGAGGCGACUACCCGGGUACACCGGGAAGCUUGCAUUCCUUUGGCUCGUUCGAACCUACGCUUGGCGGACAUCUUAUUGCGUUUGAUUACGGGAUCUUUAUUCAAUUCCCAUCCGGGACGCUCGCCCUUCUAUCCUCGUCAGGAUUGCGACACGGGAAUACGCCAAUCGCAGCACACGAGACCCGCUACAGCUUCACCCAAUACGUAUCUGGUCAUUUGAUCAAGUGGAUCGUAUACGGCUCUAGGCCAGCUGGCAAAGUUCCAGAGGACGAAAAACGAUUCCUGGAUGAAGAACACGAGGAGGGGUGGGCGAACCAGAAGGCUCGGCUUUCUAACUUCUUCCGAUUGAGUGUAGAUCGUAAGCUCGCUUACCACACUCGCCUUUCGCGGGCCCCGGUCGGUGAUCCGAGCCGCGGUUGA